CCCGGCCUGCACUGCGGCGUUUCCCGCGCGGGCUACCCCAGUUCCCCGGGCGUACGGCGCGGCCUUUUGUACCGCCGCCGGCGCCGUCGCCGUCAUGGGUUUCCUGAAACUGAUUGAGAUCGAGAACUUUAAGUCGUACAAGGGUCGGCAGAUUAUCGGGCCGUUUCAGAGGUUCACCGCCAUCAUUGGACCCAAUGGCUCUGGUAAGUCAAAUCUCAUGGAUGCAAUCAGCUUUGUGUUGGGUGAGAAAACCAGCAAUCUGCGAGUAAAGACGCUGAGGGACCUGAUCCACGGAGCUCCUGUGGGCAAGCCAGCUGCCAACCGGGCCUUUGUCAGCAUGGUCUACUCUGAGGAGGGUGCUGAGGAUCGCACCUUUGCCCGUGUCAUUGUUGGGGGUUCCUCUGAGUACAAGAUCAACAACAAAGUUGUCCAGCUACACGAAUACAGUGAGGAAUUAGAGAAGUUGGGCAUUCUCAUCAAAGCUCGUAACUUCCUUGUCUUCCAGGGUGCUGUGGAAUCUAUUGCCAUGAAGAACCCCAAAGAGAGGACAGCUCUAUUUGAAGAGAUCAGUCGCUCUGGGGAGCUGGCCCAGGAAUAUGAUAAGCGAAAGAAGGAAAUGGUGAAGGCCGAAGAGGACACACAGUUUAAUUACCAUCGCAAAAAAAACAUUGCGGCUGAACGCAAGGAGGCCAAACAGGAGAAAGAAGAGGCUGACCGCUACCAGCGCCUGAAGGAUGAGGUGGUGCGAGCUCAGGUGCAGCUGCAGCUCUUUAAGCUCUAUCACAACGAAGUGGAAAUUGAGAAGCUCAAUAAGGAACUGGCCUCUAAGAACAAGGAGAUCGAGAAGGACAAGAAGCGAAUGGACAAGGUAGAGGAUGAGCUGAAGGAGAAGAAGAAGGAGCUGGGCAAAAUGAUGCGGGAGCAGCAACAGAUUGAGAAGGAGAUCAAGGAGAAGGACUCAGAGCUGAACCAGAAGCGGCCUCAGUACAUCAAAGCUAAGGAGAAUACCUCCCACAAAAUCAAGAAGCUGGAAGCAGCCAAGAAGUCCCUGCAGAAUGCUCAGAAGCAUUACAAGAAGCGUAAAGGUGACAUGGAUGAGCUGGAAAAGGAGAUGCUGUCAGUAGAGAAAGCCCGGCAGGAGUUUGAGGAACGGAUGGAAGAGGAGAGUCAGAGUCAGGGCAGAGACCUGACCUUGGAGGAGAAUCAGGUGAAGAAAUACCACCGAUUAAAGGAAGAAGCCAGCAAGAGAGCAGCUACCUUGGCCCAGGAGCUGGAGAAGUUCAAUAGAGAUCAGAAGGCUGACCAGGACCGGCUGGAUCUGGAAGAGCGGAAGAAAGUAGAGACAGAGGCAAAGAUUAAGCAAAAGCUGAGGGAGAUUGAAGAGAAUCAGAAACGGAUUGAGAAACUAGAGGAAUACAUCACCACUAGCAAGCAGUCCCUAGAGGAGCAGAAGAAGUUAGAGGGGGAGCUGACAGAGGAGGUGGAGAUGGCGAAGCGGCGUAUUGAUGAGAUCAAUAAAGAGCUGAAUCAGGUGAUGGAACAGCUGGGGGAUGCCCGUAUUGACCGACAGGAGAGCAGCCGCCAGCAACGAAAGGCAGAGAUUAUGGAAAGCAUCAAGCGCCUGUACCCUGGCUCUGUGUAUGGCCGCCUCAUUGACCUCUGUCAACCCACACAAAAGAAGUAUCAGAUUGCUGUAACCAAAGUUUUGGGCAAGAACAUGGAUGCCAUUAUCGUGGACUCCGAGAAGACAGGUCGGGACUGUAUUCAGUACAUCAAGGAACAACGUGGGGAGCCUGAGACCUUCUUGCCUCUUGAUUACCUGGAGGUGAAACCUACAGAUGAGAAGCUCCGGGAACUGAAGGGGGCCAAGCUGGUGAUUGAUGUGAUUCGUUAUGAGCCACCCCACAUCAAAAAGGCCCUGCAGUAUGCUUGUGGCAAUGCCCUCGUCUGUGACAAUGUGGAGGAUGCUCGCCGCAUUGCCUUUGGAGGCCACCAGCGUCACAAGACCGUGGCACUGGAUGGGACCCUGUUCCAGAAGUCAGGGGUCAUCUCUGGUGGGGCCAGUGACUUGAAGGCCAAGGCUCGGCGCUGGGAUGAGAAAGCAGUGGAUAAAUUAAAAGAGAAGAAGGAGCGGUUGACAGAAGAGCUGAAAGAGCAGAUGAAGGCAAAGCGGAAAGAGGCAGAGCUACGUCAGGUGCAGUCUCAGGCCCACGGACUGCAGAUGCGACUCAAGUACUCGCAGAGUGACCUGGAACAGACCAAGACACGACAUCUAGCCCUGAAUCUACAGGAGAAGUCCAAACUGGAGAGUGAGCUAGCCAACUUUGGGCCUCGCAUUAAUGAUAUCAAGAGGAUCAUCCAGAGUCGUGAGAGGGAAAUGAAAGACUUGAAGGAGAAGAUGAACCAGGUAGAGGAUGAGGUGUUUGAAGAGUUUUGUCGGGAGAUUGGUGUGCGCAACAUCCGGGAGUUCGAGGAAGAGAAGGUGAAGCGGCAGAAUGAAAUUGCCAAGAAGCGUUUGGAGUUUGAGAAUCAGAAGACUCGCUUGGGCAUACAGUUGGAUUUUGAAAAGAACCAACUGAAAGAGGACCAGGAUAAAGUACACAUGUGGGAGCAGACAGUGAAAAAGGAUGAAAAUGAGAUAGAAAAGCUCAAGAAGGAGGAACAAAGACACAUGAAGAUCAUAGAUGAGACCAUGGCCCAGCUACAAGACCUGAAGAAUCAGCACCUGGCCAAGAAGUCGGAGGUGAAUGACAAGAAUCAUGAGAUGGAGGAGAUUCGUAAGAAACUGGGGGGCGCCAACAAGGAAAUGACCCAUUUACAGAAGGAGGUAACGGCCAUUGAGACCAAGCUGGAACAGAAACGCAGUGACCGCCACAACCUGCUGCAGGCUUGCAAGAUGCAGGAUAUCAAGUUGCCACUGUCUAAGGGCACCAUGGAUGACAUUAGUCAGGAGGAGGGUAGCUCCCAGGGGGAGGAUUCUGUGAGUGGUUCCCAGCGAACUUCCAGCAUCUAUGCACGAGAGGCCCUGAUUGAGAUUGACUACGGUGACCUGUGUGAAGAUCUGAAGGAUGCCCAGGCUGAGGAGGAGAUCAAACAGGAGAUGAAUACACUGCAGCAGAAGCUGAAUGAGCAGCAAAGUGUACUCCAACGUAUUGCUGCCCCCAACAUGAAAGCCAUGGAGAAGCUGGAAAGUGUCCGAGACAAGUUCCAGGAGACCUCAGAUGAGUUUGAGGCAGCCCGAAAGCGAGCCAAGAAAGCCAAGCAGGCAUUUGAACAGAUCAAGAAGGAGCGCUUUGACCGCUUCAAUGCUUGUUUUGAAUCUGUGGCCACCAACAUCGAUGAGAUCUACAAGGCCUUAUCCCGCAACAGCAGUGCCCAGGCAUUCCUGGGCCCCGAGAACCCCGAGGAGCCCUACCUGGAUGGCAUCAACUAUAACUGUGUGGCUCCUGGCAAACGCUUCCGGCCUAUGGACAACUUGUCAGGGGGGGAGAAAACAGUGGCGGCUCUGGCUUUGCUCUUUGCCAUCCACAGCUACAAGCCAGCCCCCUUCUUCGUCCUGGAUGAGAUCGAUGCUGCCCUGGAUAACACCAACAUUGGCAAGGUGGCAAAUUACAUCAAGGAGCAGUCGACUUGCAACUUCCAGGCCAUCGUCAUCUCUCUCAAGGAGGAGUUCUACACCAAGGCUGAGAGCCUCAUUGGAGUCUACCCCGAGCAAGGGGACUGUGUGAUCAGCAAAGUCCUGACCUUCGACCUCACCAAGUACCCAGAUGCCAACCCCAACCCCAAUGAGCAGUAGCAGUAGUACUGCCCUCUUGCCCUGUCUGGAUCCCUAAGCUGCCCCUUUCCCAAUCUCUGGAUAUUUGGCUCCCAACCUUCCCCUACCUCCCGUCCCUGUUUGGUAUAGUCAUGGGAUUUAGGCAUUGCUGUCAAGCACGAAGAGGAACAGAGGUGAUAUUAGGUCUGGAGCAAAAAUUCCUGAGCUUCAGGGAGCAUCCUGGCCUUUGGAAGGAGGUGCUGAGCUGAACUGAGCUGAACAGGGCCAUCUGUCCAUCCCCUAUCUUCCCCUCUCCCAGACCUCCCCCCUCCUCCCUCCUCCCAUCACCCAUAAUCAUGGGUUGGGCCCCUUGCAUCUUGCUUGUGUGUGGGUAUGUAUGUGUGUAUAUAUGUGUCCGCAUGUGUGCAUAUGGGCGUGCUUGCAAAAUAAUAAAAGAUAUUGGAGAUCCAUUUUAGAAGGAGCCUAGGCUGAAUUUGAUUCCAAGAGAGCUUAGUAUGACAGCACCCCAGAGCUGGGCAAAGGUAUUCAGGACCUCAUAGGAAUCAGUCACAUGAAAUUGCCCUCAUUCACUCAUUUGUGUUUUUGUUCAUUUGUGUAUUCAUCAGACAUAUAUUGAACACCUUCUGUUUGUCAGGCUCUAAUUCUAGAAAUACGAGCUAAAUCAGAUAUGGUCUCUACCCUCCUACCAAGGAGAUGCAGUGGGUUCAUGGUUUCUCGUGAUCAGCUGAAUCAUAUUUAUAGGUACUUUGAGUUUGAGAAGAGGAUGAUCACCUCCAGGCUUCCUGGAGAAGGUCACAUUUGAGCUGAACCUUGACAAAUUGGUAGGAUUUGGUUGGGCACUAGGAGUGGAACCUGGGCUCUGGGGACAGACAUUUGUGGGUUCUAGUCCUUUUUUUUAAAUCACUAGUUUGAUGUUGGGUAAGUCAUUUGACCUUUCUGUGCCUCAGUUUCCUCAUCUGUAAAAUGGGGCUAACAAUAUUACCUACCUCAUAGGAUUUAAUGAUGUCAAGCUCCUUACUGGGGGCCUUAUCCCUGCUUGGAGCCCACUAGGUGCCAACCCCUCAGAAUAUAAGCCUUCUCAUACCUGGACCCCUGAGGGCUCUGAUCCCAGUUGUUGGGGACGGAAAGAACCUCCAGAUCUGGGAGAUGCUAAAUGCCUUGGUUACUGAGAAAGUUCCAGGGCACUGAUGGGGUUUACCCGGUAAGUGAAGGGCUUAAGGAAGCCUAUAGCUUCAAUCAUGUAUGGUAACCAGGUGCCUGGGCCCCAACCCGGGUCAUGAGGAAGUCGGGGAGAGGUAGCCUGGGCCACAUCCCGGCCGAAUGUGUGUGAAGUUCCUUCUGGGAACUAACCUGUGUCAGCUGCAGGGACCGUGCAGAGGCAGCAGAGCCUGCUGCCAUGAGGUCAGCCUAUGCUCGUUCUCAUACACUGUCAGACCAUCACCUUGUCCUGAUUGUAUACCGCAUUCUUGUUUCUUCAAAGUUAAAUUUGUUCUGAUUACUCAAGUGACUCAUGAAUCCAUUCUCUAAGACGUCUGAUUUAUAAGUAGAGCUAGCCUUGUUUGACUACCAUUGCCCGUCCCCUUCUAAACUGCUGUUAUGUUUGUUGUACAUCCAUCUAGACAGUUUUAAGACUUUGACAUAUAUGAGCUCAUUGAAAAUAUUGUGUAUUUAAUACAAAUGGUAUAUUGAGUCAUUCUGCAAUUUGCUUUCCUUAUUUAACAGUUUUUGAGAUCUAUGCAUGUUUUUGCUAAAUGUAGAUUCAAUUCAUCCUUUGUAAUUGCCGUAUGGAGUGCCAUCAUAUGACUCUGUCACAUCGUACCCAUUUCUUUUGUGAUAGCUAGUUAAGACUGUCUUCUCUUUUUGCUAUUACAGAAUACAACACAGGAACAUUUAUGUGUGUGUGUGUGUGUGCGCGUGCGUGUGUAUAUGAGUUUAUCUAGGGUUACUUCCUAGAAGUUGAAUUGCAGAGUCAUAGACUAUUUAUAUUUUUGUUUUAAAUAGAGGCUUCCAAAUUGCCCUCCUGUACUAUUUACUCAAUCUUUUUCUUGAGGUUGUCUUAGGUGUAACAUUGUUAUCUACUUCUGUUUCAUCCUAAGUAGUGAUAUCCAUGAAACCAUGGGUUUGAUAUGCUAAUUAUGUAUUUUUCUAAUACAUAUUGAAAGGCAUAACUCAAAAUAAAUUUGUCUUUGUUCAACCAAAGAAGUCACAUACCACCAGUGGUACAUGUGCUGUAGUUUGGGAAAUGCUGGCAUAUCUGAAAGCACAAUUUGGGAGUCGCCCUGGUUCAAAUCCUAGCUGUAGAAACUUGAGCUCAUUACUUCACCUCCCUGGAUCUCAGUUUCCUCACAUAGAAAAUGACUUAAUCUGUGCCCUAUUUUGCAGCAACAUAGGGAAGAUGAAGUGUGCUGGAAGGAGUUUGGCUGAUACCUAGAUCAUCCCAGGCCUUUCAGGGUAGCAAUUGCUAUUUGCCCCACUUUACAGAUGAGGAAACUGAGGCCCAGGAAGUUUAAGUGACCCAGCUACCAGGUAACAGUAAGAAUUUGAACCCAGGCCCCCCCCAAUUCAGUCUUGUGCUUUCUCCACUACAAGGGUGGUUUUCAACCUUGGCUCUGCACCAGAAUCACUUGUGAAGAUUUUU